GUGUUCGACUGUAAUUUUCCCUUGAAAAGUGUUCGAUAUUCUCACAGCGGGAAUCCUUUAUUAAAGGAGGACAGCGUGAAAUUAAGGGCCCACAAAUUCACAAAAGACCGAACUAUUUCAGAGACGUUCUAUUUAAAAUUUAAGAUAUUGAAUGAAUCCUACGAUAUUAUAAGAACGAUGGGCUACAAGUCGUUAACGGUCAACGAAAUAACCGGGAUUUCGAAUUCCCUUGACUCUUCUGUUAUACAUUACAAAUACAUGCCCGACUCGAAUAUCUCGUGUACGAUCGGGUUCUCCAAAUACAACUCCCAGUGGCCCCUCGUCGGUCAGAUGGUGAUGGGAGAGAAAGGUAAAAUAGUGGAAGCCAUAAAAAAAGACUGUCAUGAAUUUUUGCUCAUGGAUUUGCGCUACGAACACUUGAAGUCCCCGUCGCCCGCCGUCGACUACCUACCCCUUGUCAUCGAUCUUUACGACCCUUCGUCCAACGACGAAAUGUCGGAGAGUUUCUUCCUGCCAAUAUUCAUUCAGAACGCUUUCCCCAACUCUCCGCCGCGCGCCUCAUUCAAAAGCAUGUACAUAAUGGACGUGGACCAAUUCAUACUGACCACUCUUAUUCCCGGUGUGAUUUCGGCCGAGGACUACGAAACACCAGCCUCGCAGCUGGUCUUUAACAUCAGCAAACCGCCGGCCCCCGGCAACGGUUUCCUCGUUAAACUCGACGACCACACGCAGCCGAUCACGUCGUUCAUUCAAGACGAUUUGGACAGCCUACGCAUCGGCUACCAACCGCCCAAUGCCAGCUACUCAGAACGGAAAGUAUACGAGGUCGAAUUCACCGUCUACGAUAGCCACUUCUCCGCCAGUAUGCCGAUAAUGUUACACAUAGCCGUACGCCCGUCCGCGACAACGGCGCCGAGGAUAGCCAACAACAAAGGCCUUGUGCUUCUCGAAGGUGAGUCACGUCCAAUCCUCCCUAACAACUUACAAAUUGUGGACCAGGAUAACUUGAGAGACGUUAAGGUCUACGUUAAGGGUGGCUUAAGUUACGGUCAGCUGUUGGUGAACGGCAGCCUUUCGAUGUAUUUCAUGAUCAAAGACAUCACAGAUGGGAAUGUGGUUUAUAAACACGAUGACAGUGAUAGUAUCAGAGACAACAUAGAAUUGCGAAUUACAGACCAGAAGGAUACGGUUAGGGCCGGUUUUCCUAUCACAAUCAUACCCAAAGAUGACACGCCACCUUAUAUUGUAAAUAACUUAGGACUGGAACUGAAUGAAGGUGGGAUCGAGCGCAUCAGCAGGAAUAAUCUUUUGGCCCACGAUUCAGACACAUUAGAUUCUCGAAUCACUUACUUAAUCGUUAAGACCCCAAGAGCUGGAGAUCUCAUGCUAAAGCUUAACCCUUCGGAUAAGGGUAGAUCUAUAAAAAGGUUCACCCAAUUGAAUCUCCUACAGGGACAAAUUUACUAUCGGCACAUGCACAGCGGAAGGUUCAGGGACUCCUUUGAAUUUGUACUGAAGGACCAGGAGGAUCAGCCGAACAUUUCACAGAGAGAGAGCUUCCAGAUUAUGAUAAACUCGAUCAACGAUAAUCCACCGAUACUCUCGCCGACGGCCAGCCAAUUUAUGCAAGUACAGGAAACAAACAUUGGCUACAUCAGUAAAUCGCAGCUAAAUUACAUCGACAAGGACAGCAAAGACAGCCAGUUGAUCUACACGAUCACCACACCGCCACAUUUUGUCUACAAUUCCAAGCGAGCCGACGCCGGUCGGGUGAUUACGACGCACAACAUCACGAUGCUGCGCAAAGAUGUGACGACCACGUCUACGAAAAGCUUCACGCAAGAAGACAUCAGUCAACUAAAAGUGGCCUACAUUCCUCCGGAAAACGAUAUCGGCACCGAGCCGUGUCUGGUGAGGUUUACCUACAUGAUAGAAGACUACUCCGGCAACCGAAUAUCCGGGCAGCAGUUCGACAUUGAGGUGCAACCGGUCGACAACCAACCGCCGGAAUUCAUAACCAACAAACUACUCGUCGAGGAAGGUGGGACGAUAGCCAUUGGCGUCAACCAGAUCUCGGCCAUGGAUUUUGACACGGCUGCCACGGACAUUCUGUUUGUCUGCAAACAGUUGCCCCAGCACGGCAUCUUACAAAAGAACGGAGUUAAUUUGAAGAAAGAAGAUUCCUUUAGGUUAGAAGAUCUCGAAGAGAAAGACAUACG